CCCCCCCCCCACACACACACACAUCUCUUUCCCCUCCUUCCUCCGCGCCCGAUCAAAACUACCCUAGCCCUUCUCGCACACCAUGAACGCCCAGAUCUCCGCCGCCGCUCGCGCGAAGAUCAUGUACUCGGAGAAGUAUGCCGAUGACAAGUACGAGUAUCGUCACGUCAUCCUGCCCAAGGAGAUUGCGCACUUUGUGCGCGGCGACAAGCUGCUCAGUGAGUCCGAGUGGCGCGACCUCGGCGUCACUCAGUCCCACGGCUGGGAGCACUUCAUGUUCCACACCCCGGAGCCGCACAUCCUCCUCUUCAAGCGGGAAAAGGACUACAUCCAGCGCUAUGGCAACCGCCCGCGUGCCCAGGUCAUGGAGGAGGAGGCCGCUAAGAACGGUGGCUUCGCCCCCGGCGCCAACAAGUAAUUCCUCGGCCGGCUGUGCUCCCGCCCCGGUCCCCUCUCGCUCCCUCUCUCCCCCUCUCAUCGUCUCUCCUCCUGUUGCCCCACUCUCCGACCGAGGGGCGUGCAUCGUCUUUUACACGCUCCUUCCUGAUGCCGUGUGAGACUGCCCACUCGCACGCCCAUCCCCUUUCACAUUCCGUGGGGUCUUCCCCCUUCCCGCCCCGCCACCGCUCCCCGGCUCCCAUCUCGGUUUGUCCUCCCCCCUCCCUCCCCCUCUCCGCCUGGCCAAACUGGGCUGGGAACGGGGGCCUGCCGCGCCC